UAAACACCGCCUGCGCGCAUUGCCACAUUUGGCGUCCGUCACGCGCUGUCGCCGUCGCUUGCCUCCUCCGCCGCCGCCUGCUGCUGCUGCGGCUGCUGCGGCUGCUGCUUUGUCCCCGCUGCCGGGUCGCCUGCCGGCUACCAUGUGGGGCUCGCCGCUGCUGCUGCCGCCGCCGCAGCUGCUGCUGAGCCUCUCGGCCAUCCUUCAUUUGGCCUCGGGGUCACAGAGGAGGCCGCCUCACACGGCUGACGACGAUGUCCGCUCAGACGUGAGGAUGGAGCUGCGUCUGGGAGUGAACCGCGUGGAGCGACUCUCCACCAACGAGACGCUGGUGCUGUCUGUGGAGGCGCUGCCCAACUCGGCGAGCUUCGUCACCUUCCAGGCACACGAGCGGGGCGACGGCGCCGUUACCGUCGCCUUCUCCAGGGCCCUCGGGAGAGGAAAUCGUACACUGGCACGGACGCAGGGCUGCUGUUUCCACUUCAUCCCAGGGACAGCCGACUGCUGUGGUACAUGUACACGGGGACCCAAGCCAACGCUACAGCCAGCCUUCUGGCACUGGCCUAUUCAGCCAGUGACCCUGUGCCGGGCGGCUGUAACCUGGAGUACGACAUGGAGGUGGACCUCAACCUCCGUCUGAGCUACAACCUCUACGAGACGGUGCUGGAAUUUGCUCCGGCCAACCUAGGGUACCCACGGGGUUCUGUGCCACCAGCCUGCGACCAGGACAAGGGCCCCGAGUCUCGCUGGCGCCUGGAGUACGACGUCUACCAGACCUUCCUCGACGAGGGCGACCUGGGGGUGGACUCCCUUCUGAGCGCCCUGCGUUGCUUGUCCAGUGCCAGCGGCUGCGAGGCGUUCGGCUCCAAGCUGAGCGUGGUGGCGUGCGCCGUGCUGGGCGGCUACGCCGUGGUGCUGGCCUGCGCCGUGUUCGUGCGCUCCUCGCUGCCCUACCUGCUGCUCAACACGGUGCGGCGCGCGGCCCUCAAAGACUACACGCGGGUCUACAACGCGGCGCCCUUCCAGACCAACGACUACGUGCUGGCGAGCGUGUGGGCCUCCCUGGCCCUGGCCGGCACGCUGUUCCAGGCGCGCCGCGGCUGGGGCCUGCCGACCUUCCCGCCGUGCCCGUACGAGGAGUGGCUCUACAACGCGGAGCGGCGCUCCACCAACGUGCUGGACCCCAGCCACCACCGGCCCAGCGCCCGCGGCCGGGCCUGCCUGGCGCUGGCGUCCGCCUGCGCCGCGAUGCGCCGGCCCGGCAAGCGGCGGGAUGACGACGGUGAAGGUGGUGGUGGUGGUGGUGGUGGGCGCCGCUAG